UCAUUAACCUGUCAAAUUACGUUUACUUGGUUUGAUACAAUUUAUCUAUUGAUAAAUUGAUAAGGAUUUAUUUAAUAUUUUCUAAUCUCCAAUAAAUUGCCCGUACUUUUCUUUUCGUAGUUACAUCUUUUAUAUUUUACAAAAAAAUCAACAUGUCAUCGACCCAUAUUUUUAACGUAGAAAUGACAUGCGAAGGCUGCUCCGGUGCUGUAGAGAGGGUACUAAACAGGUUAAAAGGCCAAGGCGUUAAUGAAGUGUCUAUCAGCCUUCCUGAACAAAAAGUAUCUGUAACAUCUUCUCUGAGUGCUGAGCAGCUGCUAGAGGUUAUCAAGAAGACCGGAAAAAAGACAACCUAUGUUGGAACACAAUAAUACUAAAUCUUUGCAAAGUUAUCAUAAGGAAAUCAAGGCAGGUAUUAAUGUUAAAAGCUGUGAACCAAGUUUCAUAAAUAUUGUACUUCAGUUAAACUUCUCAUAAAGAAGCACAUUUUA